UUUCUCCACUUGCUUUUGCUGUUUCUUUCUCUCCUCCCAACCCCAAAGACCAAGAAUCUAGAGAGAGAAAACAAACCCAGUUGCUAAAAACUCCAAUAACAAGAAGAAUUUCACCGAAAUCAGUGCGGACAAAUUGAUCGACACCUUUCGGGAAUGGCAGGCGCCUGGAAAACGCUACUGACACUACUCUGCAUAAUCGGAUCGCUUUUCCUCUCCCAGGUGUCGGCAGGAGGCGACCACGACGCCGCUUCCGUUGCCUGGCUGAUGCCGUCGGUGAGAUCCGGGUGCAGGGGCACCGUCGCCGAGUGCCUCGACAACGAAGACCAGGAGUUCGAGCUCGAUUCGGAGUCUAACCGCCGCAUCUUAGCCACCGCCCGCCGCUACAUCAGCUACGGAGCCCUGCAGCGGAACAGCGUCCCCUGCUCCCGCCGCGGCGCAUCGUACUACAACUGCCGCCCCGGUGCUCAGGCCAAUCCCUACCGCCGCGGCUGCAGCGCCAUCACCCGUUGCCGGAGCUGAACAACCGCAACCAUCAUUUCUCCAGUAAUGCUUUUCUAAAUUCUACUCCGAAAUUAUUAUUAUUAUUAUUAUUAAUUUUUUUUUUCUUUUUCUUGGGAGAGGAGGUGUUUGGUAUACGCGAAAUUAAGGAAGAAGAUAUUGGUGUUUGUGUUACUUAUGUUUGUGCUGUAUUAUGUACACAACUUUUUCUUUUUCUUUUUUUUUUAAUUUUUUUUCCUUUUGUGAAUAAUAAUUCACACUCAUAUUUCCUCUAAUUGCUUCAUAAUUUUUAUUUCAUGUUUGGAAUUUAAUUCAA